AAAUAAAAAUAAUAUACAUUUAAAAGAUUGAUCUCCGCAUAUUCACCAUGGCUGAGCAAGAGCAUGUUAACAACAGCCAGGAUACAGAAACUGAAAGUACGGAGGAUGAAAUUGAACCAAAAUUUAAAUAUCAACGCAUUGCUAACGAUCUGCGGAAGAUUCUCAACUCAGAUGUUGUGACUUGCAGUGCUGUUCAUCCAAAGUUUUUAAUGUUUGGCACAUUCUUGGGUCGUGUCUACAUAUUCGACCAUCAAGGCAAUUCGGUGACUUCACAUCUUUCAGAUGGACCAAACGAUUUUUCACAUACAGUCGCUGUCAAUCAUAUAGAUGUGGACUCGAAGGCAGAAUAUGUGGCCACCUGCUCUGACGACGGCAAGGUAAAUAUAACCGGCCUAUUCAGUGAUGAAAAUAAUCAGAACUUAAACUUGGGGAAAUCGAUAAAGGCUGUUGCGCUAGAUCCCGAUCCAAAGACAAGUGCCGGUAAACGAUUUGUUGUAGGCGACGAUAAGCUCACGCUAUACGAAAAAAAUUUUCUAAAAAAGCUAAAAACAACAGUGCUAUCUAGCGCUGAGGGAUAUGUGCUAUCAGUAUGCUGGAAUGGUCCCUUUGUGGCAUGGGCAAGUUACCUAGGGGUACGUGUCUAUGAUCUAAAUGAAAAGUGUUCACUAGGUCUUAUGAAGUGGGAAGAGCCAGUCAAUGCGCGUUUAGAAAAUUUCCGAUGUAAUUUUCGUUGGUCAAAUGCCACGACGUUGCUCAUAGGUUGGGUGGAUACAAUACGAAUCUGUGUGAUACGUAGACGAAAUUCCAUUGAAGUAGCUUCACGAGAGCUACCAGGAUAUAUAGUUGAUCCCAUAUCCACAUUUCAAACUACCUUUUACGUUUCCGGUCUGGCGCCGCUCACAUCCAAUCAAUUGGUCGUAUUGGGUUGUCCAAAGGAGAAAGAUGCAGAACGUAAGUCAUUAAGACCUGUUCUCUGUGUUAUGGAAUAUAAGUUGAAUACCAGCGAAGAGAUUUGCACAGACAGUCUGUCAUUGCGUGGAUAUCAGGAAUAUACCGUCAAUGAUUACAGUUUGGGCUGCAUUAUUGAGGAAAAUCGUUACUUUAUUGUUGCACCAAAGGAUAUAGUUGUCGCUAGUCUAUACGAAACGGAUGAUAGAGUCAAAUGGCUGGUCGAUCAUCGCAAAUUUGAAGAAGCUAUGGAAGUUAUAUCAACACACGGCGGAAGUUGGUCGUUACUGUCUGUGGCCAAAUUGUAUAUAAAUCAUCUGCUCGCUAUGAAACAAUACGAUGACGCUGCUAAAUUAUGCCUACGCGUUUUAGGGAAUAAAAAAUCACUUUGGGAGGAGGAAGUUUUCAAAUUUGUCAAGUGCCAGCAAUUGCGCUCGGUUAGCGCUUAUCUACCUACCUCUGACGACUGUAAACUUGAUCCUCACGUAUACGAAAUAGUGCUGUAUGAGUAUUUGAAAUUCGACGCCAAAGGAUUUCUAAAUCUCAUCAAGGAAUGGCCAUCCCAUUUGUACAAUUGCAAGGCGGUCAUCAAUGCAAUACACGAUAAUUUUCGCAAACAGAAUGCCAGUGAAUUAUUGGAGGCGCUGGCAAUACUCUAUUUGCAUCAGCGCGACUAUGAAAGUGCAUUGAGAAUGUACUUAAAAUUGCAAAACGCAGAUGUAUUCGAAAUGAUACGUCGUUAUAAUCUGUAUGAUGCGAUACAUAAAAUGAUCAUACCACUCAUACAGCUGGAUCGUGAGCGUGCCUUUAAGAUUUUAUUCGAAAAAAAUAAAAUUCCACCAGAAAUUGUUGUACAGCAAUUAGAGCAAAAUCAAGAGUAUUUAUAUUGGUAUUUGGAUGCUUUGGACAAGGUGAAUAAAAGCGGUAAAUAUCAUUGGAAAUUAGUGAAUUUAUAUGCAAAAUAUGAGCCUGAAAAAUUGCUACCAUUUUUGAAACGAUCCAAUCACUAUCCAAUGCAAGAGGCAUUGGAUAUAUGUAAACGCGAACUAUUUUAUCCCGAAAUGGUUUAUUUGUUGGGACAGAUGGGCAAUACUAUAGAGGCAUUAAACAUAAUUAUUGAAAAGAUAAAAGACAUUGAAAUGGCUAUUGAGUUCUGCAAAGAACGUAAUGAUUCGGAUUUGUGGAAUAUAUUGAUCGACGAGUCAGUCAAGGAGCCCGCCAUUGUGCUUAAACUGUUAGACGGCAUAGUAGAUUAUGUCGAUCCUGUCGCAGUGGUUGAGAAAAUCAAACUUGGCCAGAAAAUUCCAGGCUUACGCGAUGCUGUCGUCAAACUUUUGUGGGACUAUCGCUUACAGGUGGAAAUUCGCAAAAGCGCGCAAAAGCUUCAACUAGAAUUCUACUACGAUCAGCAUGCCAGAGUGGUAAACACACAAAAUCGAGGUCGAUAUAUUUCCUCUUCCGAGCGGUGCUUGAAGUGCAAUCGCUCUGUACUCAGUAUGAACGAAAACAUUGCUCCUCUUAAUGAUAUUGUCGUAUUCUUAUGUGGUCAUGUUUAUCAUACUAACUGUGUACCGGGUGGCAUCGGCAAUGAACACUGUGAAUUUUGCAAUCCUAGCGAUUUCAAUAAAGAAGACGACUUCGCACUGCUUUUGCAAUAUAGUAGAAAGUAAUAAUUUUCAAUAACUCGAUGACUUUGAGCUGUUGUCUUGUAAGCGACUUUAUCUUCAUACAUACGAGGUCUGUUAGAAAAGUAUCCGACUUUGUUUUUUAUUUCUAAACGUGACAAAUUUGAAUUACGCGCGCUUGCAUAAGCAGACCUGCAACCUUCCUGCACAUGUGUGAAUUUUUUCCCGUCUGUCGCCAGCGUCAGUUGCUCUCGUCAAGCAGUGUGAAUGUAACAUGGUAUUUAGUGCUCUCGUCGGUUUUUGAUACUUUUCUAACAGACCUCGUAUAUAUUGAAUUCAAUCAUAAAACCAAAAUUUUUGUAUAUUCAUGAAGGCCUUAAAUUACGCCCCAAAACGACGUAAUUUUUUUCCAAAUUAAUUUUUUUUUAAGAAUAUUCCAAAGAUUCCAAUUAAUAAUGCAUAUUGAAUUAAUAUUUAUUAUAAUGCGCAAUUCAUACAAAAUUAAGAAAUUCGGCCGGCGCAAAUAUUAUAUAUGAAAAUUGCGAUGCUUGUGAUCCUGGUGAUAAAUUCAAAUCGUUAGCUUUAUUUUAUUAAAUGUCGUUCGAUAUUUCUUCAGCAUCAACAGCUCAAAGUCUCAAAAUAAGAUAAAAGACUACUAACCAUAUUUGUGUUUGUAGAUAUUAUUUAUAAAAUUUAAUUCUUAAGGCAACUCCCACUUAGAAAGUUAGAAGUAAAUCUAUGCAUUAAACUUUCAUUUUCUGCACAAUGUACAUACAUUGUAUUGUUAGCUAAUUAGACAUAAGCAAUUUUACAGGUUCUCCGGCUUUUUUCAUUUGAGCUCACUUGUGUAAGGCUCACACAAGUAAACAACAUUUUUGUUUCCUUGGCAUUUUUUCGCUUUCAUGUACUAUUACAUACUCUUAUUUAAUUAUUAAAAACUAAAUCGUAUGAUAAUAAAGCUUUUUAUAUGUAUAA